AUGGACAAUGAUAGUUUCACAGACGUGUCCAGCAUUACAACCGACAAUGAAGACGAUAGCAACACGUUUACGACAGUCAACAAUUUGACAUACUACACCCAUGAUCUUUUCGAUGACGACAGCAGUGACGUCAUACUUGAUCUCUCCCUCACCAAAGAUGAAUACGAACUUAUCAAUGAUAUAAACGACUGUUUUGUUAACAAUUGCCUGAAUAAUGGUUUCUGCAUCGACGAAGUAGAACAGUUUUCAUGCGCCUGCCCUCAACCUUACACUGGUACGCUGUGCGAAGAAGUUCAAGAUGAAUGUGAGAACAGUUCAUGCCAGCACGGAGGCACAUGCUUGGCUGGUUUCAAUACGUUCAAUUGUACUUGUGCAUUGGGUUACGAAGGUCCAUUCUGUCAACACGACAUCGAUGAUUGUGCAAGCCGCCCUUGUUCUAACGGAGGUUCAUGUAUCGAUGGAAUUAAUGAGUACACAUGCAUGUGUGUGCAAGGUUUCAUGGGCUAUCAAUGCGAGGAAGAUACCCUUGAAUGCGCGAGUUACCCCUGCCUCAACGGAGGAACGUGCCUGGAGGAUGUCGACAUGUUUGUAUGUACCUGCCUGGAGGGAUACGCGGGGAUCACAUGCGACCAAGAUAUUGAUGAAUGCUCCUCGCAUCCCUGCGGCAACCGUGGUGCUUGCAUUGACGUCAUCAAUGGAUACAACUGCACCUGUACCGCGCGAUUUAGUGGAGUCCACUGCCUUACUGAAUUAGAUUUCUGCACCAGGUCCAGCAGCCUUUGUCACGGCUCAUCUACUUGCUUGGAAGCAUUGGAGAGUUACAUGUGUGUGUGCAGUAACGGAAUGACCGGUGAAACAUGUGAAGAAGAUAUCAAUGAAUGUUCCAGUAACCCUUGUCUCAAUGGAGCACUAUGCAUGGAUGGACUGGAUCACUUCAACUGCACUUGUGCACCAGGUUUUACGGGAAUAGUCUGUGAUGAAAACAUCAACGAAUGUGCAAGCUUACCGUGUCAAAAUUCGGGAACGUGUGUAGAUGGUAUUAAUGGAUUCACGUGCGACUGUACUCUAUACUUUGGCGAUGUAACAUGCAACGAAGGUAUAGUAAAAUGACAGUAGAAACGUCAAAUGAUUGAUUGAAUGUUUUUUGGUUCCAUGUGUACUUGGAAUGUAUAAAUGUGAGCAUGUUAGAAAAUAUGUCAGACAAGGCAUAGCCUAACUGUGAGUUAUAUUGGACC